GCUUGCGUGGAGAAGAUCAGAAAAUGAGAAAUUGAUGUUACAAGCUUGAUUAUGCGAUACUAGAAAAAGAUUGAAUGAAAAAGUUGUUCACAUUAGAUGAAGCAUGGAAGAAGUGAAGUGGAUUUUAGAAUACUCUGUGAAGAACCAGCUAAAAACAGUGACAGAGGCUGUAUUGUCCCGAUUUGCUGGACAGUUGUCUGACCUGGGAGUAUCCGAUGUCCAGUUGGCUUGCAGUACUUUACACGACAUCGUCCACAAUUUCCCAUCAGAUCCAAUCAAAUUAGAGCUUGCAGUAGAUCUAAUGGACUUCAUUUAUGUGUCGUGUCCCAAUGCAGUUGUGUUUAAACUCUAUUCCAAACUAGUUGUUGGUCUUAAAAUGCUGGUUUUGCUACAUAUGCUCAAGAACAAAGAAAAGGAUUGUCUAUCAAAGCUAACGAAAUACUUCCCCCGUAAGAAGCCUGAAUUCCCAGAAGUGUGUCCUCAGCAGUUGUCUCGGCUCCACAUGGUUCACAUGAACUUCCGAAAGUUUUACCUCCCCUUACUCGCCAACAGCAGACGAGCUGAGGCUUACUUUCGAGAGGAGUUUUCAGAAGAGUACGGAGAAGAAUUUCAUGAAGCCUUGCAGAAGAUGUGUACCUGGUUUGUGGACAAGAUUCAGGGCUAUUUUCCUGAGCCUAUGUUAGCACAGAUAUUGGAAAAUCCUGACAUCUUGAAAGACUGCCAGCAAGCUCCAGAAAUCCAGAUGUUAUUGGAUGUUAUCCAUGACAAGUCAACUUUGACCUCUGAUGACCUUCUUGAACUCCUUGCAAUGGUGGAUCCCUCAAAUACCCAAGACCGGGUACAGGUCCCCAAUACUAUAUCUUUAUCACCAAGAAGAUGCAGUGCAGACACUGCAGAGGAUGGGAACUUUGUAAUAAACUCUUGUAGAAAUCAAAAUAAUCAUUGUAACUCAUGCAGAGACAAAAAUUGCUCAGGAAUUGAAAAUUUUACUUUCAUUUUGUCAGAAGGAAAUGACAAUGAAUUUGAAAAAUCUAGGAACAGUUUGUGUAAUAAAUCUGUUGAGCCAAAGAUUUUAAAUGUGAACUCAGGAAGAGGUGUAAAUAAUGAAAAUUUUCUACGAAGGAAAGUGACAAAAACAACAUCCCAGAAAUCUCCCGAUUCUACAGUGAUAGCUUCUGAACAUUCCAAGGCUUCAUGUUUUCGGGAGGGUCAGUUUUGUGAGGACCUGAAUACUGCUUUGUCCUCUGAGGAAAUGCCCUCAGUGACUCUUGAGGACCAGUCAUCUAGGAGGAACAUUCCUUGUGAAAAUUCUCCAGAGGAUCUGAACAUUGAGAUGGAAACAAGGUGUCAAAGGGAUAAAGAUGUGGAUAUUGAUAAAGCUGGAGAAGAUAUGCACAUUGUGACACUGGAAGACCUAAGUGAUACAGAAUUGUCAGUUUCUGACAUUGACAAGUUUUCAGACCUGGAAAAUGACAACCAGCAGCAAAUAGAGUUUACCUCGGAUUCAUCGGGUGGUGAAAUUACUUUAGAAAGAUAUCAGGUGCCAGAUAUCAACAUCCACAGACGCCAGCAAUCUACACCAUUUUGUGUUGUCAAGCUGUUUAAAAGCCAAGUCUUCAAGAAUCACAGUAUUUACUCUUAAAGAAGACUGAAUGCCAUUUCUGGAGUGUUGUUUUUUUUUUUAUCUUAAAAAAGUUCCAUGUUCAUUUGCUCGUCAUUUUAUAAGUAGCAUUUUGAAAUAUUUGAAUUUCAUAUAAAACAGUUUUUAA